GCGAAUAUUCAAACAAAGAGAAUCUGAAUUGGUUUAUACGGCAUCGCUAAUCAAAGGUUUAGGGCCCUCAAAUAAAAAGAUCGUAAGGUCCGAUAAUGAUUUUAGUCAGCGCAGAAUGGACAUACUGGAAGACAUGUUUAGAGUUGUUAAUGCACAAAACGAGUUCAAUGUCAAAAACCUCAAGGUAAUCAAGCCAGGAAAGAAGUAUUCCAGUUUGAUCUAUCAACAUAACAAGCCUAGUUAUACAAUUUCUGAAGGUAGUCAAUCUAUCUCAAAAUUCGAUAAAACUCCCAAACCAGAAAGUUUACUGAGAUUCCCCGAUUUGCUGGCAACUCCUCCAUCUUUAAAAGCUCCUUCCUUAAUAAAGAAUAGCAACAAGUUGUUACCUCCCCCUCAAUUUUCAAAUCAUUAUGAACCAUACAAUGAAUUUAUGGAAUGUAUUUCUAAUCGAUCAGAUAGCGAAAAGGCUGCAGCGUUUGGCAAUCAAUCCACAACUCACUACAAUCCAUUGCUCUCGUCUCCUUUUACACCAUCGAAUAUAAUCAAUAGUAAAUAUCCAACACCCCAGUAUACUAAUGGAAGUAGCAACGUCCAACCACCAAUGCAAAGUCUUCACAGCACAGCUCAAAUAAGUGAACAACACAGCAAUAUUAAUCCCCUAAUCCAGGAUAAUGAGAAUCUUAUGAUUAAUGAACCCGCUAUCGAUCCCACGUUAUUCUCAAAUCCUUUAGUUUCUACGGCAAAUAAAACUGCCUCACCAUCAAAAUUAUUUAAACCACUAAAGUGCAGUGCAUCUCCUCCGUCUGGAAUAUUUGUGCCUCCUAAAAAUAACUCUGCUUUAAAUAUUCUGACAUCCUCGAGACUAAACUCCAUUAACUCUGAGUUGGAUCGAGCAUCGAAAAGAAACUGUCUCUUCACUACAUUUUCGGUAUCAAAAAACAAAUAUGGUGAUAGAGAGGGUUUUCAAAAUAGUACAAAGGAAAAUGAAGGAGAUGAGACAGAUUACGAGUGACUAAGCAAACUAUUUAGUAAACGUAGUUCAUGAAAAUAUAUUUUACAU